AUGAAAAAAACAAGAGUGCUGGAAAUAUUAACAAUAUUUUAUAUAUUUAUAUUUAUAAAAAAUGGAAAUAAAAUUUUUAUAAGAUCAAAUUCUUUUUCAAAAAUUCAUAGAUACAAAUAUCUUAUGGGCUAUGGAAACAAAUAUUCAAAUUUUAUGAUAAAGACAAGUUGUUCUACAAAAGAUAAGGUUAAUACACAUGAAAAUCCUUUAAAUUACCAUAAAAAAAAAAAGUAUAUAUUGAAAGAAAACAAAAAUGUUACAAGACAUUUAUUUACAAUACAACCAGAUAAAACUUUUAGUAGUGGUGGAUUGAAACCAUCAAAAAGUGUUUUAAAACAUAUAAAAAAGAAAUACAAGUUAGGAAAUUCUAAUUAUAGAAUCCAAAAGGAAUUAAAUAAUUUUUUAAAAAAUCCUCCCAUUAAUUGCACUAUAGAUGUACACCCAAAUAAUAUUAGGGUUUGGAUUGUACAAUAUGUGGGAUUGGAAAAUACUAUAUAUGCUAAUGAAGUCUAUAAAAUAAAAAUUAUUUUUUCAGAUGAUUAUCCACUGAAGCCACCUACUGUGUAUUUUCUUCAAAAACCACCAAAACAUACUCAUGUAUAUUCAAAUGGGGAUAUAUGUUUAAGUUUAUUGGGUGAUGAUUAUAAUCCUAGUUUAUCCAUUUCUGGUUUAAUUUUAUCAAUUAUAUCUAUGUUAUCUUCAGCAAAAGAAAAAAAAUUACCAAUUGAUAAUUAUACACAUGCAGAUGCAAAACCUGGAAGCAGUCAAAAUAAUUUCCUUUAUCAUGAUGACAAAUGCUGA